GCAUUAUAUAUUCCAUUCAGUUAAAUUUGAUGACGACAUCAAAUUCAUUCAGCAAGAUUUCUACUAACUGACGGUUAAAGGCGCGUUUCGUUCAGUUUGGAAGUUUGUUUUAGUUUUUGUGGUCGAAAUUAACAAGUGGAAUUAUUUAAUUAUUUCCAAAUGACUACAAUCUACGAUGACUACUAUUGAAGAACGUUCAGCAUACUUGAACAAUCCAUUCAAUUCAAAGCCGCUAUUCGGAGAUUACUCAGCAUUUUACAUUACCAUUGCAAUUUGCACCGUUCUGUUUACAUUCCUCGUUGCAAUCAACAUUAUUCUCGGCUGCUGCUCUCGUCAUAAGUAUUACUGGCAAGACAGACAUACAGGAAAUCGUUGGCUGGUUUCAAUUUGGUCGGCAACACCACACAAACAACCACCACUAGAUUUUACUGAACUACAGGACGUUUCAUACUUCCAACAAGCUCCGUUGGAACAAACCGAAUACGUCGUUUCGCCACCACGACCUGACGAACCCAGGGGAUUCGGCCGAUUAGCCCAUCAACUCCAUCAUCAUCAACAACAGCAGCAGCAUCACCAACAUCAUCCACAAGCCGAAGAAUACGUUGAAUUGCAGAAACGCGAGAGUGACAUUUAAUUAGCAUUCGUAGUCCAUCCCUAUAUUGAAAAUGGUGUUUCUGGUAAUGUACCCCGCAGUUGCACUGCUGGCUAUGUUUAUUGUGGGUGUCAUUAUAAUUUUGUUGCGAUUCGGUCCGGUAAUUUGUGGUGUAAGACAUCAUGCGUUACCGGAUAUAAAGGAGUGGGAAGAUGAAAAGGCAUACGAUCAGAGGGUUAGUUAUGCAUAAGUGCUAGGAGCCAUAAAAAUGUUAAAUUUUAAGUUUACACAUAACGUUCAGUGUAACGAUAGUAAUCUCACUUUGGCCUUAAAUUUGCAAUUUAUUAACAUUCCACGCAGCGUACGAUUUUGUGCGUUGCAGGUAUCUAGUAGAGUAGAAUUAUGGUAACUUCUAAUA